AUGGCUGAGACGGAGGAUAUCUUUCUGAGAGCUAAACAUCGGACAUUCAGUGGACUGAGUGAAGAUAUCGAGCAUGAGUGGACGGGACCUUUCUACUUUAUCCAAGCUGCAGACCCCCAGCUUGGCCUUAUGAAGGCCUGGAGAGAGGGUGACUGCGACGGCGGAGGAGAUGAAUGGGCAGAGGAAGUUGAGCUUACCAAACGAGCAGUGGAAGCCAUGAACCGGUUGCGUCCUCGGCCCAGGUUUAUGGUGCUGUGCGGUGACCUGGUUCAUGCUAUGCCAGGCACCCCUUUCAGAGAUGAUCAGGAGCGAGACCUAAAGAUGGUAUUAAAGGGGACAGACCCUUCUAUUCCACUCGUGUUUGUCAGUGGCAAUCACGACCUUGGAAACACUCCUACGCCCACAACAGUGGAACAGUACUGCAGUGCAUGGGGGGAUGACUAUUUCAGCUUCUGGGUCGGUGGAGUUCUUUUCCUGGUUCUGAACUCGCAGUUAUACUUCGAUUCGUCGGCCUGCCCUCAGUUGAGGGAAGCUCAGGAAACGUGGCUGGAUAAGCUGCUGAGCAAAGUCUCAUCCUCCUCGCAACCCAAACACAUCGUGGUGUUCCAGCACAUUCCGCUGUACGUAAAGAAGCCCGAUGAAGACGAUGACUACUUUAACCUACAGAGGGAAGUUAGGCAAAAACUGAUGGAGCGAUUUAAUAAAGCUGGGGUGAAGGCGGUCUUCUCCGGCCACUACCACCGGAACGCGGGCGGUCGCCACGGCGGCCUGGACAUGGUGGUGAGUUCGGCCAUCGGCUGCCAACUGGGACAGGACGACCACGGCGUCAGGGUGGCGGUGGUGACGGCCGACCGGGUCGUCCACCGGUACCACAGCUUAGAGCGCUUGCGAACGGAAGGGAUGGAUGAAGACCUCAGGAAGCUCUUGUAG